CAAUGUUCACAUCAUGCACCUAUCACGUCAUCGAUCGCGUUUGAGGCACCAGUUCCUACCGCGAGUUCAAUAAAGCCUCAUCUUCAUAUAUAAUCUCAUACAAAUAGUAGCUCUCCCUGGUUUCUGCCGACUUAUCAACGUCUUUUUUAUCUGCUAGCCGACAAUGACCCCCGUCUAUCUCGACCACAUCGUCAUCCUCCUCCCACACAAAGCCGUCCUCAGUCCCCCCAAAUGGCUGACAGACAACUUUACAAUCAUACCAGGAGGUCGCCAUGCCGGCGGUCAAACGGAAAACAAACUCGUUGUCUUCCAAGACGGCUCGUAUCUUGAGCUGAUCGCCUUCGUCGACGAUGACCCGAAGCACCGAGUCGGACAUCGCUGGGGUGAUAAAGAGGUGGGGGUCAUUGAUUUCGCGCUCAGUAGCCAAGGAGAUGCAGACGAUAAUUAUGAAGUUCUGAAAAGUAGACUUGAGAAGGCUGCCUUGGGGCUGAAAUAUGAGCCACCUGCUGUUGGAGGCAGAACGAAGGAGGAUGCACAAGUGUUGAAAUGGAAAGUCACGGUUCCGGAACCACCAACAAAGAGAGGAGAAACACCGUUUUUCUGUCACGAUGUUACGGCUCGAGGCUUGAGGGUUCCGUUCUCGAAGGAGAGUACUUCUCAUCCGAGCGGGGCUUACGGUAUUGCGGGAUUGAAGAUUUACGUUCCCAAGGAGAGAGUGGGAGAUUUGUCAAAAGCUUGCGAGGGUAUACUGGAUUCCAAGAACAGUUCUCUAGAUGCCAGUUUAGGGAGGUUCGAAGUCGGGAGUUUGCGCCUUGUGGAGGGGCAUGGAAAGGUCAUUUUGGGCAUUCAGGAACCCAUGGAGGCGGGGCCGCAGAGGUUGGUAGCUGAGAAAGGCGUUCUAUUGGGUGACUUACUAAUUGGAGUAACUGGUCCAUCAAAUGAAUCAGGUCGAACAAUAAAAUUCGAUGUAGAGUAUGAAUCCGAGUCAAAUUCGGUUUGAGACAUGAAUAUUGAAUAGCACAAAAGGAUGAUACAGUGGUAUUAUUCAUUGUA